GUAGUGGGCUAUUGCAAUGCCUUGUCGUUGUCUGCAAUGCCGUCGACGCCUUGAUGCCUGACUUCAUCGAUUUGGUUGCUGGCCCUAUCAAGGAUUUCAGUGCAUAUUCGUCCCUCCCGAAACACUGGAGCGAGACACUCACUGCUGAUGUCCACCCAAUUAUGUGUCACUCUCACAACGACUACUGGCGACGAGAACCUCUAUUCAGCGCCAUACGUGCCGGUUGCACUGGAGUUGAAGCAGACGUUUGGCACUUCGAAGGGGAACUCUAUGUCGCCCACACCAUUGCCGGCAUUCGGCGCAACAGAACUCUUGGAAGCUUAUACCUGGAACCGUUGAGAGACAUCUUGGAUCAGCAGAAUGUCGUACCGAAAUUUCUGGACCCUAUCUCUACAGUGCGCAAUGGUGUCUUCGCUGAUCACCCAAGGCAAUCUCUCGUCUUGCUUAUUGAUUUCAAGAACGACCCGGGACAGACGUGGGAGGUGCUGUCUUCAUACCUUGCCGACUUCCGUGAGAAAAAUUUCCUCACAUACGCCAGGGCGAGCUCCAUAGUCAAUAGGCCGCUCACGAUUGUCGUCUCAGGCGAAGCCCCUUUCGAACGAAUCCUUCAGAACUCAACACAUCGAGAUAUAUUCUACGAUGCGCCACUCGACCUUAUGGCUUUGCCGUCACCCUCUAUGCUCUCAGUCGAUACAGUAGCCGACCCACAUCCCGACCCAAAUAUCCUCGAAGAGCCCGAGACAUCACCAGCAGACCCUGCCAUCUACUCCCCCACAAAUUCAUACUACGCCUCCGUCUCUUUCAUCAAGUCAAUCGGCUACCCAUGGCACUCGUCACUAUCACAAUCCCAGCUCAAUCUCCUGCGCGGGCAGAUCCGCGGCGCUCAUGCUCGAGGGCUUAAAGUCCGUUACUGGGGCAUCCCUGCCUGGCCAAUCGGUGUGCGCAACUACAUCUGGCGUGUACUCGUACGAGAAGGAGUCGACUACCUGAGCGUCGACGACAUCGAAGCAGUAACCCACGACAAUUGGGGACCUCGAAAAGGCGGCUGGGGCAAGAAAUUCUGGAGGUAAACAUCAUACAAUGUCGGAGUAGCAUCCCU